UGAGCUUCGGCUUCCUGCCCUCGUCUGCUGUGCAGAACGCCUUAUAAUCUCGUUCUCAGUCGACACUGCUGAGCUAAACGGGCGUCUGGAGGGGGUGAAGGGCAUCCAGGGAUAUCCUCUGACAUCUAGCCCCCUGAUAACCCUCUAACUAGACUCUGCUUUAUGGACCAUAAGGUCCGUUUCUUCAGCUCUCAGCCUGUCCACAGCUUUAAAAGCGUCCUGUUCACGACAGAGCAGAAGAUGGCCAUGACACUGCAUGAAUUCACACUGUCUGUGGAUCCUAAAACUCUACCCCGAGUGCUACAGAUCCAGUCCGGAGUCUACUGUCAAGGCUGUGUUUAUGAGAUGUUUGGAAGAGAGUGUUCUCUUUCAACAGGAGAUCUGCUGAAAAUCUUUGAAACCACCAUCACUAGAUUCACUGCACAAAGCUCCAACAACACGGAGAUCGAAAUACCAUUAGAAUAUCCAGGUUUGUUCAAAUUGGUGGCUGACAGUCAGCCAUACCGAAGCAUACAAGAAGUAACUGACUCACUGAAGAUCAGCUCUCACAGGCUGGGCCAGCCCGUGUUCCUCACCUGUUCAGAGAUCCAGCUCGCACAGGGGGUCUUACGAAAGGGAGAGAGCUUCAGAAUCACUGCUGUCACCCAUGAGCUCAACGAUGGACGUGUGGACUGUGAGCUGCUGCACAGAGAGCCAAAGUUCUGCUUUAGCUUGAGCUUCUCACAGGAAGGCCACUUCAGUGAGUGUGAGGAUGACCAGUUUUACACUCUGAAAGAAAUAGCAGAGUGGAAAAUCUCCAGAGGCAGGAAAAGGACAGUCACUGAAGUCAAAGCUCUGCUCAAGAAAGACUUCUUAUUAUCAAGUUUGUUGGAGAAUGUUUUCGGAGAGUUGACGCUGACUCCCAUGUAUGAGCUGAAGGCUGUUACAAAGCUUAGCGAGAAGGUUUUGCUUAUCCCAUCAAAUUUGGACGUGGAGGUGGUGGAUGUCACAGAAAACUUUGAUUGCGACUCUUUUGCGCAGCCUCUCUCUCUUCCAGAUGUUUUUAAGAGGCCUGCAGAGUUUUUUCCUGUGGUGGCCGAGUUGUCGUGUGAAAGCUCUUUCAAGUUUUCCCCAGACCUGGAGUCCUUUCUCCAUUCGAAACAGGUGAUCAUCCAUCAUGCUUAUCGUGCAAAACGAAUACUGGCCUCGGAAAUGUGUCACGAAGCUCCGAGACACUUUCUCAUUCCAGAGUCCUACAAUGGACGCCUCAAGCGUCGGCCACGGCAGUUCCCCACCGCCUACGAUCUGGAACGGGCACGCAGUGAGACAGAGGAGUUACGCGUGGUGGCCACCAGGGACUUUGACUCAACGUAUAACGGGCUUGCCUCUGUUCACGCUGGAGAUCAGUUUUUAGUGACAAAAGGCAAAAGCUGUGCGGUUUCACACAAUGGGACAGAGAAGGCAGCAGAUGCUUUCGAAUGUCUGAAGGUAACAGGCGUGAAAGAGUCUGUGCGCCUCCCUUUGUGUCUGGAGGGUGGAUUCAUGGAGCUUGUGAGUGACAAGCGUCAAUACACCAUUGCGGAGAUAUGCCGAUGGUUCCCGCUGCCCUUCAACGUCAAGGUGUCUGUUCGUGACCUCUCUUUGAAGGUGGACAUUUUGGCCGGAGUGCCCGGCUUGCACAUCGAGGAGGAGAUCUCUGACCCCUGCCUCCUCAUUUCAACCUUUGAUCUCUCAGAGUCGAGGGAGGUGCCAGUGAAUCGUACAGACUUGAUCCUUAACAUCAAAGAGCACUGGACAGGCGAGAGUCCAGCAUGUAGUGGAACUUCGGCUAUAGAGGAGAUCUCCGAGGACUGUUACUACACUCUGAGGAGAUAUGCUGUUGCUACGGUGACACCCCCACCAAGACCUCCAAAAAAACCCAAAGAUCCUCCACCACGGCCCCCCAAGAUGAUGUCAUCCAGAUCUCAGAGUGCCACCUCUGAAAACUCCAGCUGCUCUCCAAAGAGUCUCCAUGUUGAACCUUUUAAGCACGAUGACUCCAUACAUUGCAGUGACUUCAAAAGUGGAAAUGGCAAAAAGAUUCCCAUCAGUCCAGUCACCUUAGCUAAACCAAUCCUGCAGAAAGCUCUUGGCCGAAGUCUGGACAACGUAUCCACAGAGACAAAUGAUGGCGAUGAUGAUGUGCAUGAUUAUGAAUACAUAGAUGAAGAUCAGCUUGACAAUAUAAGGAGGACAUCCCAAGAGAAGCCUAUUACCACAGUUAAUGGAAUCAAGACCAGUGGAGACGUUGCCCACCCUUGUUUUAAAGCCUAGAAUCUGAACUUUACAAUGCAUAUAGCUGAUCUGACCAAUUCCUAAAUAAUGCUUUUUAAUUUGCUGGCAAAUAAGAACUGUUUCAUUCUAAUCAUUUGCAAAUUUGUUAUCACUACUAUUAUAUUCAGAGUUGGUAAAACCAUAAAAAAAAGAUGAGAUAGCCAUGUGUUUUAUAUCAUUGGAAAGGUCUCAAUUAGUAGAAUUAAUUGAAAUUUAUUUCACUCAGAGACCAAACUGCAGUGAGUAUUAGUGUAUGAAACACACAUAAAUAUAAUAAACAUAGUGGCUUUUUGUCAAGGUUUUCCUUAUUACUACCCGAAACACAUAUAUAACAUAGACAAUGACAUAUUGUAACUUACAGCAGACUAUCCCGAUUCAAAUGAGCCCAAACGCAACAUAAUAUGAUUAGUAACUCUUGAAAUAUUCCUCAAAGAGUGUAGCUGGAAAGACAACGAUGCACAAAAGGGUGCUCAACACACAUUGUGCGUGUGUAUUUGUGUGUGUGUGUGUGUGUGUGUGUGUGUGUGUGUGUCUGCAACACAACAUAAGGGUUAACAAAAAGCAAAAAUCUGUGUUCUAGUGAGACACUAUCAAUGGAAGUCAAUGGGGUCAAUCUGUAAAUGUUAAUAUACUCAUUGUUUCAAAAGUAUAGACACAAGACAUAAACAAUAUGUGUGUUAACAUGAGUGUGAUAAAAUCAAUUAUCUGUGUAAAGUUGUAUGCAAUUUUAUAACCUUAUAAAGGAAUAUUCCUUUAAAUUAUCUGGACUGAUAUAGGUAUACUAUAUGAGUUUAUUAUGUGUGUGUUAUGUUGCAUUGGUUAAUAUUUUCAAAUAAUGUUUGCCUGCUAAUUAUUCUCCUUAUUUUC